AUGCGUCCAGAGGAGGCGAGCCGCCUGCACCCACUGCUGACAACGGCCCUGAGCUCGGCCUCAGAAGGCCUGAGCAACAACGUGGCGCCCGCGCAUGCAGCAGAGGCGGCGCAGCGCCGGGAGUCUGCUGAGCUCGACGUCGACGCCGGCGCUGACGCCACCCCCUCCAGCAGCCUGUCCGGCAGCACCAGCAGCGGCGACCUCACCCCCUGCCUGCUCAUCAGCGACAGCUGUGACAGCGACAGUGCCGCCGGCUCCUCUGCCGCAGCCAUCAGCUGCCAUUCCCUCACCACCCAGACCAGCGUGCCGCUGACGGAGCCCUCCCAGCACCAGCCAACCCUGGGGAGCAGCAGCCCCUCCAGCGGCAGUGCGGUAGUCAGCGUGGUUUUCAACAUCUCACCCAUCAAGCUGCACCUGACUGUGUCAUCAGUGACGCCGGCGCCGCCGCCGGCGCCCGCCUGCCGCGAGUCGCCCGAGGCCAAAGCAGUGGCCACCAACACGCCUGCAGCGACGGCCACGGCGAGCGCUGGCUGCCAGGCCACUGUCCAGGCACAGACGCUGGCCGUCGACGCCUCAACAGACACGACAGUCAUGAUGACUGUGACCCCCACCAGCCGGAUCCUCGGGCCCAUACGCCCCACCAGGAUCCCCGCCAGCCCCAGGGACAGCACCGCAGCCCCGUCCCCGCCGUCCCCUGCGGCGGCGGCGCCGCCAUCCUCUGGCGAUGCACCCGCGUCGGCGCACCUCAUGGCGCCCGCACCUGCCAGCGAGGUGGCCAUCACGCCCUCUUCCGCGAGCCGCGCGGCCCUGGAGCUGCUCAUGCAGCGGCGCGCCUUGACUCCCCCGGCGCCCGCCGGGCUGCUGCUGCCCUCGCCAGCCAUGCCGCAAACAGCCAACAUCACCCCUGCAGCACUCGACCUCAGCCUCUGCUGCACACCGCCGCCGCCCGCCAGCGCCGGCUGCGGCGUCUGCGGAAAAGCGGGCGCGCGCGCUGAGGCGCAGGCGGCGGCGACGCGGGCCCACGCGCAGCACGAGCUGGAGGCCGCCUUUCGCGUGCACUCUGCAUCUGAGGCGCGCCUGCAGCGGCAAAUUGAGUCCCUCACGCAGCAGCUGGCCGAGUCGCGCCGCGAGGCCGAGGCGCUCAGCCGCGCCGACGCCGCGCGCCGUGCCGCCGAAGCGGCCGCCCUGGCGCUGGGGGAGCCCUCCUCACCCAUUCUCGACCAGCUGGCCGCCGCCAAGACUGGUGGCCGCGUCAGCAGCUUCUUCCAGCUCUGCGGCGACGGCGCGGCGCAGGCUGACUGCGCCGCUGCCGCGGAGGUGUUGGCCGCACUGCAGAACACCCUGAGCUUUGCCCAGGAUGUGGUGGCAGGGGGAGCGCUGCUAGUGGAUCGCGCGCCCUGCGGCUCCACACAGGAGGAAGAGGAGGCGCGGCAUUGGCUGGCUGCUGGCAGCUGUGGCCGCAACAACACUCUCAGCAUGGUCAAGUGCAUUGCGGCCCAGAGCCUGGAGGCGAGCACCCUCAGCGCUGACGUCAGCAACAGCAGCGGGAAGGUGGAGAGCGGAGGCUCUGUGGUCGUUCUGCACACGCCACUGCGCACGCGCAGCAGCAGGGCCAUCAACAGCAGCGGCACCAGUGCUGCUGCGAGCAGCGGCGCUGCGUGCAUCAGUGGCGCCAGCAGUGGCCUCAGCCGCGGCCCUUGUGCCGCCACGAACUCGGGCAGCGGCAGUGGCGCCGGGGCCGCGGGCGGCGUUGGCGGGCCCGCCCUGAGCCCUGUGCCCGAGGAGCGCCUGAAGGGCGCCCGCAAGCCAUGUGCCCCUUUCCUGCGUCGCGCCCUGAGCCUGGGCAGCUCGCAACCCGCUGUGCCGCGCGAGGCCCCCAUUGAGGUGGCAGCAACGCUGCCGGCGGGUGGCUUCGACACAGUGCGCUGGGGCCGCUGCAUCUCUGAGCUGGGGGCGCAGGCCGCCAGCAGGGUUGCGGCGUGCGAUGAGGGCACCCAGACGGAGUGCACGAGCCACGGGCGCGGCGGCAGCGGCCGGGUGGAAGUGGGGUGGCUGGGGGCCCGGCUGUCAGUGGCCAGCAGCAGCCUGGGCGCAGUUCCUCUGUGA